UUAGGAAAGUUAACCAUGGCAUCCACUCAGAUCAUUAGGGCAAAAAAGUCCUUCACCACUCCAGAUAAGCUUCGUCAAGACACUCAAAUGAUCAUGCAGCCCUACGCCAACUGGGAAGAGCACUUGUCUCCAGCUCCUCUGUCAAUUACUGUCCUGGGAGAGUUAAUAUUUAUAUCCUCCAAAGAUGAUUUCUCUAUCAACCGAAAUCCACCAAAGGAUGGAUUCCAGUUCAUCAAGUACCCCAAUUCAUUCAGAGCGUGUCUCAUGCAAGUGUGCAAUGCUGGAUGGUAUGCUUUUAAUGAAGCACACACCAGUAUGGACCAGAUUAGACUCCACACUGCAAACGUGCCACAGUAUGUCAGAACGGCUGUUGAAGUUAUUCUCAAGAAUGAUGAUACACUUUGUCAAGCUGUACUGCCAGACACCUUAAAAUACAUUGACAACAUAGCCAGUGAAUGUUUGAUGCUGUCCAGCUCUACCAAGGACAGGUUUGAGAUGGUCAUUUCAUUGGUUCAUGAGAUCCUUGAAGCAAGUACGAGUGCAAAAGAAGUUUACAAUGAAGAUCUCAAGAAUGUAACACAAAAGAUGGAAGAAAAUGAAGUCCGCAAGAUGUCAAAGAUGGAAACAGACAAAAGAACAAAAGAAGAUUUACAGAAUUUUAAAACUAAACUGGAUGCUGCUGAGAAGCUGUUCGACAAAGCAAUGAAGUCAAUGCCAAGCGGAUGGGAGAUGAUUGGGAUGAAUCUGGUAGAGGGACUCGCAGAGAGUCUUAAUACUCUAGUUUCUGGCUUAACCAAUGUAGCGACCUUGAAGUUUGAACAAAUGGCUGGGGGGGGAGUCAUGGGAGGCAUGAGAGGCAAGGGAGGCAAGGGAGGCAAGGGAGGCUCUGCACCUAACACAGGCACAAAACAAGGAGAAGCUGGAUUUAUACAAGGAAAGGAGCAGAUGGAUGAAUACUUUGCAGUGAAGGAGGUGUACCAACAGUCAAGCACCAUCCUGAAAUUGGCUGAGAUAAUGAAGCAUCUGACGGCGGAAAGUAAAAUCGAUUGGGCAGACUUGUAUGACCAGAAGCAUCAGAAGCCAAAGAGUGAUUUCACAAAAGAAAUGCUGGUGGAAGUCAAAAACAGCAUUACCUCGCUGAAAGGUACAAAUGCAAAAAACACAGCACUAGAAAUCUGCGGAAAAGGCAUAUCCAUUUGCACAGAGAUGGCAAGCAUUGCACCCAAAGGAGAAUGUGAAGCCUCAAAAGAACAACAGCUGAUUGAAGAAAUUGCAAAACUGCAUGAACAAGCUCAGACCUUCAACGCAAAAGGCAAACAAGUCACUAAGACCACACCCUUUUCCCCGACACCACCAGGGCUAUCCCAAGCACAAAGUAAAGGUAAGAAGUCAGCAGCAUCAUUUGCUGCAGAAAAUGCAAGAGUCCAGAUAGAGGAGACCAGAAAAGCCCUGGACACUGCUAGACAAAUGUACAGCACAGCCGUGGAGAGAUUUGAGAAGAACAAAGAAGAGUUGACUGAAAUUUUGGUCACUCUGAAAAACUGUGACGCCAAGAAGAUAGACUUUAAGACGACCUUGGAGAUUCUAGCUCAGGGUCUUACUGCCCUGGGAAAAGUGAAGGAGCAGUGGGAGAAGAUGGUGCGUUUCUUUCAAAUAGUGUCAACCAUCAUUAAAGCCUCCAUGAAUACUGCUAUGAAAUCGUUCACAGGCACAGCCAAACAGGCCUCUGAGUACUCUAGCAGCGCCUUCCUGAAGGACAUGGUCUACAGCCAAGCAUUCCAAGUCUCCAACGUUGCCAGUCUGGUGAACAUGAUUUCAAGCACAUACACGGAAGUGUCUGAGAAGUACAUCAUGGAUAGGGUCAGCAGCCUAGGAAGACUCAUGGCCCUGGAUCAGAACAGUCCAGAGUUUGACGUGGAGCGUAAACAAUUACAAGACGGUUGUGUGGAAGCCCAGCGUGGUAUACUAGCCCUGGUCCAGAAGAACAAGACUGACUUCAACCUGAAGACAGAGGAACGUAUGGUCCAGCUUGAAGAGCUGCAGGUUCUGUUACCCCCACCUACAAAAGAGGAAGAGGAGAAAGUCAAGCGGAUCGUCAACUCCCCUUCUGAGGACGUCGACCAAUUCAUCUAAAAAUUCACUUCUGAGGGAGAAAGAAGACAAAGCCUUUCACAUGGCACCCUGAUGAAAUUUAUAUUCUAUUUCUAUAAAUCUGUAAUGUUUUCUUUUCUGCGCAAGAAUGCUAAGAGUCUGUAGUGAGCUAGACAUACUGUAUGUUAUUCCAAAAUAGGGCCAAUCCUCUAAUUGAUUGAUGAGUUUGUAAGAGUGAUACAAAAAAACCUUCAUUAAUUGAGUGAUCAGGAUUUCAACCCAUCUGUGAUACUGGAACCUUGAAGUUUGUGAAAAUCAUCAGCUCUUUGCUUGACAACCAAAGAGAAAUAAAAUAUGAGAACCAACCCUGUUAUUUACUGAAGAGGAAACAGGUUUAACUUUUUUGAUGCAUAGUGUUUGUUGAAUUUGCCUGAUUUUGAAAUAACUGCUCAUUGAUAUAUAAAUUACAUUUAUCCCAAUUGAAUUAUUCCUGGCCCAACUCCAUUGUUUUCUGUUGUAUUUCAAUUUCUGUUUGCUUGCUUGUCAGGGUCCUUUUUUUAAUCCUUUUUUAAGCUUUUUGAAGAAUGGUUACAUUGUCAAACUUUGACAGCAAAAAUAAAUGUGCCAUUAUAUAAGGUUUUGUGUUUGUCUUUAUUUUGUCAGUCUAAGGGGACACACCGAGCUUUUAUUUGAUAUCUGCAUAGGCAAGGCAAAACAAGUUCAUUGAAAUAGGAUAUUUCAUACACAGAUACAAUUCUAUGUGCUUUGCAUGAAUAAAAUAAAAAAGAACAAAAGAA